CCUUCAACUCUUUAUGUUUUCUCGAUUAGUGCAUAAUAUUCCAAAUCUUGUCUGCAACGAGAGGUAUCUUCGUUUGCAAAUUAAGGUAUACCCAAACAAACACACAAACGAAGAAGAAGAAGAAGAAGAAGAAACCAACUUCAUUUCCUUCCUUUCUACCGAAUCAAUUAUUCUUUUUCAAUAUUUAAUUUCUCAGAAGAAACCCCCAACUGGUCCAAUCUCCCUAACAUCCUUUCAAUCUACUAGUCAAUUUUUUAUACAUUUCAAAAUCAAACUCAAAAUUUCCUGCAUUCCUCAUAUUUUAGGGUUUUGCAUUUUUAGUCAAUAUUGCAAACAAUUUGUACCGAGGUUAUAUUUUGUAUUCCUGAGGUUUUGAUUUCGGAUAUACAAUGGAUUUUGACGGAGGAGGGAGCACAUCAGGAGUAGACACUGCUGGUGUAGUAGCUCAAUCUGUUCCUGUUCUCUCUAGGCGACAAAAAGCUCUAUAUCAGUUCACUCAACAGAACCUCCCAGCCUGUAAACCCAUCCUCACACCAGCAUGGGUGAUUACUACAUUUAUGUUGUUGGGUGUAAUUUUUAUUCCACUUGGACUUAUAGCUCUCCGUGCUUCACAGAGUGUAGUAGAAAUUGUGGAUCGCUAUGACACUGAGUGUGUACCUGAGACACAUAAACAUAAUAAGGUGUCAUACAUUCAAGAUGACUCCAUUGUUAAAAACUGCACACGGAUAUUAAAGGUGCGUAAGGAUAUGAAAGCUCCUAUAUAUAUAUACUAUCAGUUAGACAACUACUACCAGAACCAUAGGCGGUACGUCAAAAGUAGAAGUGACCGCCAGUUGUUAGAUGGUUUGAACUACAAAGAUACAAGUUCAUGCAAGCCAGAAGAGAAUAGCAACGGUCAACCAAUUGUCCCUUGUGGAUUAGUUGCAUGGAGUUUGUUUAAUGAUACAUAUACUUUUUAUCAUCAGUCGAAGGAAUUGGAAAUCAACCGGAAGAAUAUUGCUUGGAAGAGUGAUAGGGAGCAUAAGUUUGGAAAAGAUGUUUAUCCUUUCAAUUUCCAGAAUGGGACCUUGAUUGGUGGUGGGACGCUAAAUCCUACUGUUCCUCUAAGCGAUCAGGAGGAUCUCAUCGUAUGGAUGCGUACUGCUGCUCUCCCUAGCUUCAGAAAGUUGUAUGGGAGAAUCGAACAGGAUCUAGAUGCAGAUGAUUUGAUCAUAGUACGCCUUGUUAACAAUUACAACACUUACAGUUUUGGAGGGAAGAAAAAGCUUGUACUCUCAACAUCAAGCUGGUUGGGGGGGAAGAAUGACUUCCUCGGGUUUGCCUAUAUUGCUGUCGGAUCAUGCUGCAUCUUCAUCUGCAUUGUUUUUUUGCUGCUUCAUGUGAAGACUCCAAGGCCUUAUGGGGACACAACCUACUUAUCUUGGAACAGGAAGAGCAAUGCUAGCUAAGAGGGUUGAUUAGUGCAUCUGCCAAAAAAAGGGUGACAUAAUUGACAUAACCCAGUUAUCACAUCUUGGACUUCAUACGAUCAACUGCAACAUUUUCCCCAACAAUAUAUCGGGAUAAUAUCUGCACGAGCCUCGUCAGUAGAAGAGCUCGCCGUCAUGCCUAGACAGUUUCUCCAGAAAUGCCGGAUCCCCUUCUUCAAGCGUACAUACUUGAACAGAGGUUACUGUAAUAUUUUGAGGGUUAGAUACGAUGUAUCUUGUGUACAUAUAUGUUUAAACAUAAUUGUUCACUUUUACCAUGUUAAAGGCUUUUCUCUGCAACAAACAAAAUUCAGACUUAUUUCUGUGAUAAUUAUUAAAUUUUAUGGUAAUGAAAGAUAAGGAGUUCCUU